UAUAUUCGCAGUUUUAAGAUUUUCUGAUAAAAUGGCAUCGUAACAGGAACAGUGAUAUUAAUUAAUUUAGCGUUCGGAAAAUUAAUACAAAACUUUGAUGUUAUUAAUGUAUCAAGACCGAAAAAAGCAAAUCUCACUGCGUCAACGGACACAGUAAACACUCACGAAACGGCGAUCCGUUCCGGGACUUCCGCUGGUUGGUGUGGGAAGUGGUGAUAUUAUGGAAAUUGCUGGUAUAUGCAGGCGUCCAGGUGGAAUGGUUCUUUACAGGAGCGCCAUGUAACAGUGGCCUAUCUGGCUACUGUUCUAGUGGGGUGGCGAUCAGCCUUUACCACGAUUAAACGGCUGUUGGUGUGAAAGGUGGCACGGCCGGCAACGAUGCUGGCCGAGGACGCUCUUACUGAUGUACACAAUUACACAGGUGGCUCCGAUUGGGAUGACGCUAGUUCAUCCCAAGCGGUCAAACGCAACAACGUAACUCAAGGCAUGUUUAAUGACAAGGGAAUCAAGAACACAGCAAGGUUGUAAGCAAGGGUUUCAGCAAGAGGAACAAUCAAGUAGAUGCAAGCUGUAGCAAGCUGAGCACAAGACUGAAUUCUAGAAAUUCAUGAGAAAGGAAACUAGCCGGUAAAGUGGACAAAUUCAUACCGCGGUGGAAUGAUUCAUCAUAACUAGGCGGUCUUAUCGUUCGUACAAAUACUAUCGCUACAAUAUCUACAGACUGCAGUUAUGUUUCCGGGCAUUAAUCAACAUAUUUAAGCCGUCGUCUGUUGUCAUUGGUACGGUUUUUAAAUGCAAUAAUGUAUAAAUCUCGUAGCACCUUGAUUAAGGUCUAAUUAAUGUAGCCAAAGAUCUUUCAAAUUCAUGCGACUGUACGACUCUCUCUUUACUAGUUUAAAGCCCUUAUCAACUUUUUACACAUUAAAUGGUAUUUGGUAGUCAACAAUGACCUUGUAAACUUGCUAUAACUUUAGACUUUAGACUGAAGAAAUAUUACCGGUGGCGGUAUUUUACGUUUUACGGUUAUUACUCGACCUUUCCUGUCCUGGCCCUGCACAGCUUUGGGUGACGGUUACCUGCUCACGCGCGUGUAUCUCAGGCAUCAUGACUCCGCAUCCUGUGUUACCUAAUUCUGAACAACAUUUCGCACACGAAAUGGACCCACACGAAUUCGUAGUUCCCGAUAUGAUCAAUGCCGAAUCACUGAGAGAUGUCAUACUGAUGUUCCACCGAGUCAACGUGAUAAAAUUUGGUAGUUUUACUCUAAAAUCCGGCGUGCAAUCUCCCAUCUAUAUUGAUUUGCGCGAGAUAAUUUCGUAUCCGCGCUUGCUCCGAACUGCGGCCCGUCUGAUAUCCAAAGCGAUCUACGAGACCGACGCGGUGGUGCACGAAGUCCUGUGCGGCGUGCCGUACGCCGCACUGCCCAUUGCCACGCUCAUCGCUUGCGAUAAGGACAUUCCCAUGGUUAUGCGCCGCAAAGAAGUGAAAGAUCACGGGACGAAGAAGAUUGUCGAGGGAAAGGUGGAGCGUGGUGCACCCUGCUUGCUGGUGGAUGAUGUGUGCACCAGCGGGCAGAGUAUUCUGGAAACUGCCGAGGAUCUUCGCGCUGCGGGGUUAAUUGUGGAGGAUGCCGUGGUAUUGCUGGAUCGCGAAAGCGGGGGAGCGGAAUAUUUGCAGCAGAAUGGCAUCAAAUUGCAUUAUGCCCUGAACAUUACCCAACUUUGCAGUACUCUUGUGGCUGCAGGAGAAAUUCCGAUCCCAGUCUACGAAGCUGUCAAAAGCUUCCUUGCUGUUAGCCGAAAGAAGCCGGAAGUCACGAAUGGUACAAGCGGCGUGGUGUCGUCCCCGAAACCUGCAACGUCAUCCUGGCUGCAGAUGACGUUUACAGAACGCGCGAAGCAGACCAAAAACCCAGUCGCCCGGCAUCUCUUCGAGAUCAUGGAGAAUAAACAUACUACAUUGGCCGUCGCUGUGGAUGUCACGACUACUGCCGGCAUACUGCAACUGGCCGAAGCUUUGGGUCCGCAUAUCUGUCUUCUGAAACUGCAUGCCGAUAUUAUUCAAGAUUUUAAAGCUGAUUUUAUAACUGAACUCGUUAAGAUUUCACAGGCGCAUAAAUUUCUCCUAAUGGAAGAUCGUAAGUUCGCUGAUAUCGGCUUCACCGUGUCGCACCAGAUGAGUGGCGGUGUGCAUUCCAUUGCCAACUGGGCCGAUCUCGUGACGGUACACGCGCUGCCCGGGCCAGGCAUCGUCAGUGGACUGAAGGAGGGCAUUAAACGGCAGGGAAAUCGGGAGAUCGGAUUCGUUUUUAUAGCGGAGAUGAGUAGCAGCGGUGCACUGACCGAUGGCGAUUACGCCAAGCGUACGGUCAAGAUAUGCGAUCAGCACAACGAGAAUGUGGUGGGUCUGGUGUGCCAGACAAACUGCACUGAUAAUCCGGCUUUUAUUCGCAUGACACCGGGAGUUCACAUGGGAGCGGCGGGUGAUGGCUUGGGACAGAAUUAUUCAUCGCCACAGGAAGUAAUGGGGAAAUGCGCAGAUGUCAUUAUUGUGGGUCGCGGUAUCACGGAAUCGUCCGAUCCCGCAGCGGUAGCACUGGAGUACAAACUGAAGGGAUUUGCUGCCUACCGCUCGCGCACUGGGGACCGCUCUUAGGGAAUGUGGAGCAAGAUUCGGCUUUUCCACCACAGGGACCUAAUAAUUUUUAUUGUUUUAACUAUGCCGUUCAGUUUCUUUCAUAAAAGUUUUCUUGAUGUUGUGCGUUCCUGAUAGAAGUUUUACGCGUAGUUCCAACAUGUCUGCAAAUUGUAUAUGAUUUAUCUUUUUAGUGAGCGUCAGACUUGGAAAACAGGAAUUGCACUUUGACUUGGGUGUUGCGUUUUACUUUUGGUCACUUCUAUGCGCCAGGAAAUUUCCUGGCGCAUAGUCAAUUUGCUAUGCGCCAGGAAAAUUCGUGGCGCGUAGUCCUUUUGCUAUGCGCCCGGAAAUUCGCCGCCAAAAUUAAAAUU